AUGGACGCUGAUUCCAAGAGAUUCUUGUCUACGCUUCGAUCCCGAUCUGAAAUUUUAAUGGGCUUUGAAGAAAUAGAUGGAGAUGAUGAUUUCCAGGAGGAGUUUGCUUGCCCGUUCUGUGCUGAAUCGUAUGAUAUCAUUGGCUUGUGCUGUCACAUAGAUGAUGAACAUACUUUAGAGUCAAAGAACGCGGUGUGCCCUGUUUGUUCUCUAAAAGUUGGAGUUGAUAUCCGAAAGAGGAAGUCACGGAAAAGUGGUUCGAAUUCAACGCUUUCUCUUCUUCGGAAAGAGCUAAGAGAAGGAGAUCUACAGAGGUUGUUAGGACUUCCUUCUCGUAAUAGUUCUGCUGCAUCAAGUGGAAUUCCAGAUCCUCUUCUGUCGUCAUUUAUCUCACCAACACGAUCACAUGUAUAUCCUGCGACACACCAAACCAGAAAAGUACCCGAGGACAAACAGAUGGAGCGCAAGAGACAAGUGUGCAUCCCACCCGUCUCCUCAAAAGAUCGGGAAGAGAAGACGAAGAGAUCAGAGUUUGUUCAGAGGGGAAAAACAAUGGAGGAUUUGAUAAGUCAAUUACCAGAUGUGUUACUGCAACNNAUACUUUUGAAUGUUUCCACAAGAGAUUCUGUGAGGACUAGUGUCUUAUCAAGUAGAUGGAGAAAUCUUUGGAAAGGUGUUCCUGGAUUGCACUUAAUAGGUGAUGUGUACACAAAUCUUCAUGUCAUUGAUUUUCUCGAAAAUUCCUAA